ACGCUGACACAAGGGCGGAACUAAUUUCGGGCGUCAAAACCGGGCGACGUUGCGAAGAGCAAACGUUUGCCAAAACGGCCACGAGCGCGCAUUCCGCUCAGGUGUUCCUCGAUCGCGGACCGGUUCGUGGUUUGCCCCAAGAAGGUUGCCACACUUGUGCUGCACAUCUCUAUCGGUUCGGGUGCGGUGUGCGUGAACUUGAACCACUUUCGAACGGGUUGUACGGGAACAGCGGGAAAAAAACGACCAGUUGAAAUUUGGGAAGCGAACCGGCGUGGUGUAGUGACGAGUUUUCCGCGUGGAAAUCCGUAUUAGUACGAGAUGACGAAUCUUAAGGCCGCCGUGGCCAUCGUGAUGGUGUUCGUCGGUUGCUGUAGCAACGUUGUCUUCCUCGAGCUGCUAGUUAAGAUCGAUCCCGGUUCAGGCAACUUGAUCACUUUUCUGCAGUUCCUGCUCAUCGCGCUCGAGGGAUUCCUGUUCACAUCAAAAUGCGGAACCGUAAGGCCACGGAUCGGCCUAAAGGACUACACCAUCCUGGUGGUGAUGUUUUUCGUCGCCAGUGUGUGCAACAACUACGCGUUCGAUUUCAAUAUUCCCAUGCCGCUUCACAUGAUCUUCCGCGCUGGUUCUCUUAUCGCAAACAUGAUCAUGGGCAUCCUGAUCCUGAAGAAACGUUACGAUUUCUCCAAAUACCUGUCCGUAGGCAUGAUUACAUUCGGUAUCGUCGUUUGCACGAUCGUGUCUGGUACGAAAGUGCAGAGCACACAGGUUGUGAAAAACGCCGCCGACGAGGAUCCGAUGGCGGUGUUCUUCUGGUGGACGCUCGGAAUCGCCCUGCUCACGCUGGCGUUAUUUGUGUCCGCCCGGAUGGGGCUCUACCAGGAAGUCCUGUACAAACGAUACGGCAAACACCCGAAGGAAGCGCUGUUCUACACGCAUCUACUGCCAUUGCCGUUCUUUGCCCUGCUCGCGGGCAACAUUUGGGAGCACAUUCAGCUUGCAAAUGCUAGCCCUCUGCAGCCGAUCGCCAUGCUGGGGUUGUCAGUGCCCAUCACCUGGUUGUAUCUGCUGGGUAACGUGCUCACGCAGUACGUCUGCAUCAGCUCCGUAUACGUCCUGACGACAGAAUGCUCCUCGCUGACGGUUACGCUCGUCGUGACGUUGCGCAAGUUCGUCUCUCUGCUGUUCUCCAUCGUGUACUUCAGCAAUCCAUUCACCGUUUAUCACUGGAUCGGUACCACAUUGGUGUUUGUCGGUACAAUCAUCUUCACGGAGGUAGUCGGAAAGAUUCGGGGUGCACUCUUUCCCGCUGUGCCUGAAAAGAAAAAGCUCAACUAAGUGCGAGAUCUUGCACCGAGGGUAUUGCGAGGAGAGGCUAAAAUGCACUCUAGGAAGCUUUUUUACUACUUAACAUCAGCAUAGGUCGGAUGAUGCAGCGCCUUUCCGAAGCAAACGAACUUGAACAUUUAAAAUUACUUUUGGUGAGUGAUGAGAACAAUAUCUUAGCCAGAUACGAUUACAGAUUAGGAUUCUUUCAACCAUUUGUGAAACAAAUUGCCGCUGAAAGAAUAAAAAAGUAUGACUGAUAGCCAUUGCACUAUUCGAAACACUGGUCCUGCAUGCUGCUUCGAGCAAAGGCUCGAUUCGUUAUUAUUCUAUUUGAUCGAGUACCUCACAUAGCGUAGGAAAGGAAUCCAUUAAUAUUAUCGGUAGAUCAGGGUUGGUUGAAUGGAACACGUGUACGAUGUAGUAUUGUUUCUACUUGUUAAUAUUGUACCCAAUGAUCAUUAGAAGUAAAAGUAACAAAUAAA